GCCGGGCAAAGAGAAGCAAGUCUUAAACAGAAAUCCUUCCCGGGGUCAGCCCAUCGACUAACCGCUGCCAGGCUCAAAUGUAAAAUGCCUACCUAGCACCGCGGUGCAUGGAAUGCAAGGUGACGCCGAGAAUCCAGAGGUCGCGCCCGGAUCAGCGCGGAGGCCUUGGGGCCGCGCGACGCCGCCCUCCUGGGGGCUCAGGGCCCGCGCGUGCGUGCGUGCGAGCGAGAGGACGAGUAAGGAGCUCCGGGCCCGGCGCGUGGUCUGCGCGCGCCCGGCCGCGCGUGCGGCUGCGGGAAGGCUGCGUGUGCGCGCGGGGCGGGAGCUUCGGCCAUCCGACCACGUCGGAGCACGGUACGCGCCGCGCGGGAGAGGUAAGGAAGAUUUGAGUUUGCAGUCUUCAACUGGGAACAGCUUUGUGUUUUAGCUUUCCCCAGGCGGCUUAGACAGAGUAGUGCACGGCAAAUCUUUUAAUUAAAGCAUGGAAUACGGAAAACAAAAAACUUCAGCUAGUGCUUUAGUCUCAUCUGAAAUGCUACAGGCAUGUAUCUUAUAAGUAGUAUAUGACAGAGUUUUAAGCCAAUCUGAGAGUCUGUUUUUCAGUAGAAAUUUCAAGCACUAUUUUUGACUACUACUUGCUACUGAAUGUUCAGUUGAUGAAAUUGAAGGUCUUUCACUUAGAAGAAAUAAAUCAAGAAGAACCCGAGGCUCGCGUGCUCCUGAGUUGCUGUGAAUGGCCCCGGCACUCCUGACCACCCUUCCGGGUAGGAUGUCACUGAGAUCCCUGAAAUGGAGCCUCCUGCUGCUGUCGGUCCUGAGCUUCCUGGUGAUGUGGUACCUCAGUCUUCCCCACUACAAUGUGGUAGAACGCGUGAACUUGAUGUACUUCUAUGAGUAUGAGCCCAUUUACAGACAAGACUUCCGCUUCACACUUCGAGAGCAUUCGAACUGCUCUCACCAAAACCCAUUUCUGGUCAUCCUGGUGACCUCACACCCCUCAGAUGUGAAAGCCAGACAGGCCAUUAGAGUUACUUGGGGUGAAAAGAAGUCUUGGUGGGGAUAUGAGGUUCUUACAUUUUUCUUAUUAGGCCAACAGGCUGAAAGGGAAGACAAAGUGUUAGCAUUAUCCUUAGAGGAUGAACACCUCCUUUAUGGCGACAUAAUACGACAAGAUUUUUUAGACACGUACAAUAACCUGACCUUGAAAACAAUUAUGGCAUUUAGGUGGGUAACUGAGUUUUGCCCCAACGCCAGGUACAUCAUGAAGACAGACACUGACGUUUUCAUCAAUACUGGCAAUUUAGUGAAGUAUCUUUUAAAUUUAAACCACUCAGAGAAGUUUUUCACAGGUUAUCCUCUAAUUGAUAAUUAUUCUUAUAGAGGAUUUUACCAAAAAACCCAUAUUUCAUACCAGGAGUAUCCCUUCAAGGUGUUUCCUCCCUACUGCAGUGGGUUGGGUUAUAUAAUGUCCAGAGAUUUGGUGCCAAGAAUCUAUGAACUGAUGAGUCACGUAAAACCCAUCAAGUUUGAAGAUGUUUAUGUUGGGAUCUGUUUGAAUUUAUUAAAAGUGGACAUUCAUAUUCCGGAAGACACCAACCUUUUCUUUUUAUAUAGGAUCCAUUUGGAUGUCUGUCAGCUCAGACGCGUGAUUGCAGCCCAUGGCUUUUCUUCCAAGGAAAUUAUCACAUUUUGGCAGGUUAUGCUAAGGAACACCACAUGCCAUUAUUAAUUUGACAUUCUACCCAAAGCCUAGAGAAGGGAGGGAUACUUUGUGGAAAACGUUAAAGUUAGACUAUGAAAUCUCCAAUGGAAAACUCAUGGGAAGGUCACUGUGUGGCUUACACGGAACUGAAACUCAUGAAGAGGCUAUAGGCUGGAGACUGGAGGGUUGUACUUGACCUGUGGUUUAUUUUGACAACAAUCAAGUCAGGCCUUUUAAAGAUGAUAUUCAGAGGAAUUAAACAUCUUACAAAGGAAUGGGAGGUUUUUGUUCAUAAAACUCAUAGGACCAAACAAUUUGAACAUGUCAUUCUGUAGAUUAAAACUUCUUAAGUGGGUUUCAUUGAAUUAUAAACUCAUUUGUCCAUAACAACAAA